AUAGAAGCGUAAUUCAUAACAGCAUCAGUUCAGUAAAGUCAAGAUCUCUGUGUGAUGAGAGUCUUAAGUUCGGCCAAAACUGAAAUACGAAGUAGAAGUUGCAUUUCGUGUCUUAAACACAUUCCUAAACUAAUUCAAGAUGAUGCAAGCAUAAAUUGUGUGCAGUUUGUAUUGUAAAAUAACCCCCUUCCCACAUAAUCCACAGACUCAACUAUAAACGACAGUUGCCCAAUGCACCGAGUAGCAUUUGAUCAGCCCUUCUGCCUUGAUGGGUAAAAUUUCGGCAGGAAAAAGAUAAAUCUUCGAAGCGUAAUACUGCCUUCGGUUUAAAUUCAGGCCAAUUCAAGAACGGAAUUUAUUCCAUGACAGACUGAGAAUUCAUACGAACUAAUUAUAAAAGAUAGCUGAAAAACGUUUCUGUCAAAACGUGUAUGGCGGUUAUAAAGAAUUUGAUUAAGCAGUAACUCAGCAACCAUCUCAGAACAGUCUCAACUGUCUCCAAUGAAGAGUGAUAGCUAUUAGUGUGGACAAAUUGUAAAAGAGGCAGAUGUCAGAGGAAUUGCUUGAAUCGAGAGCGAAGACGAUAUUGCAGUAAGAAAAAGGUAUGGUACUUUUUUUUUACAAAAGAAAUAUGAUUUGGGACUCAGUAAGCAAGCUGAUGCGUUGAAAAUGUUUAGUGUGUUGAAUUUCAGUUAAUCUUAAACUGGAUGGAUGUUUCAGUUUCAUUCGGUUGUAAAUCAAGAUUAUUGAAUUGACUAUCAGGUCAGGGAGGUUUUCCUCACGGUGGCAUUUUUAGCGGAAAAGUCCUUAACUUUGCUAAGGUUAUCUUGAGAGUGGUUACGGUAGAAUUCUUCUUUUUCGUUAAAUUUUUAAUGAGUUCUAGGCCUGUGUAUUUGUUUUCAUGUGGUAAACUCGUAAUGAGAAAUUUUUUUCACGAAUUUUUUUUCUUACCAAUAAUUUACAAACAAUAUUUUGUUUAGAGUCUGGUAGACUCUUCUUCUGCAUCACCGCUUUUCUUGUCCUCGGAGAUGGUGAAGCGGGUAUGCUAAGUUUUUCGGCAACAGAAAAUUUACCCUGUUGAGCUGCCUCUUGAAUAAUUCAUAAGAAAUGACUCUUGAUGACUCUUAUUUGACUGCACAGAAUGAGAAAAAACUGACACAAGACUUGGAAGAGUUCCGAUAUUUUACGAGGAGACCAUAACUUUUGUUUCUGGGCAUGACCACUAUUCUCAAACAAAGUGCAUUGCGUUUAUCGUUAAACAGAACUUUACGCUGAGUAGCGGUAAGUGAAGUAAAACGUUUCACUUCGGAAAAAAGGUUUAACAACGCCCCUUACUGUAGUGUAAAAAAGCUAAUCUUUGUUUCUUAUUCAUAAUUCAGUCAAGGUGAGGACUUUUGAAUUUCUGAUUACUUCAGUUUAACAGAAAAACUGAGCCAAAGGUCGGGUAAAUCUUUCAUGACACUUUUUUAUUUGAUAAGGCUCUAUAUCAUUCGGAUGCAUUGGUGAUCAUAUCCGGAGAUGGAAAUGCAAGAAUUAGGAAGCCAUGAUGAAUCAGAAAUCGAACAUGAGCGAAACGCAAAAAACAUGUUCUGCUCCCUCAUCAAGGACUUUUGUGACUACACAUCUGCGCAUGGCCUGGGGAGGAUAAUGGCGGCGACACACUGGGUGCGAAAAGUACUCUGGAUCAUGCUCCUCUUGGUUGCGAUGACGAUUAUGACGAUUCAAGUGAACGUUUUGUACCAAAAAUACCAAAGCCGGCCUCUGACUACCUUGGUCACAGUUGAAACAGCCUCGAGCCUCCCAUUUCCAGUUGUUACAUUCUGCAACUUCAAUGCUCUCAAAAAUGAUUCUCUACAAGCUGCUAAAGAAGAUGGAAUGGAUAUUUUCAAAAACCUCUUCACAAGUGAACUUGCUAAAAACAUCUCAAGUAGCCAGAGAAGACGACGAUCAAAUGAUCCUGCUCCAACUCUAGAAAGCCUCGCUGAUCAGGAAGGUUCAAGUUAUGAUUCUGAUGACGAUGAUGACGGGAACCUUUCUUGGGAUGACGACGAAGAGUUUCAAGAUCCGUUUAAGAAAGACCCAACCUUUUUAAAAAAUGAGCAGCUAGCGGUUCUUAUGGCUAAGGAAGAUCUUAGACUUUUAAGCAUGAUAGGUCACCAAUUUGACGAUAUGGUUUUGUCCUGCACUUACAGGGGUGUUCCAUGCAAGAAUUUCUCUUCUGUUUUUUGGAAUAAGUUUUGGCAUUAUAAGUAUGGCAACUGUUUCGUAUUUAACAGUGGAAAAACGAAAUCAGGGAAGGACGCACCAAUCCUAAAAUCCAACAAACCAGGACCAUCUCAUGGACUCAUCUUGGAACUUAACAUAGAACAGGAAGAAUACUUGGGACAAAUGAGUCCAGAGGCAGGAAUUAAACUUGAUAUCUCUCCUCAUGGUGAGAUGCCAUUUCCACUGGAAAGGGGCCUGAGUCUUGCUCCAGGAUACGCUACCAUGAUUGGAAUGAGGAAGGAGGUGAUAAAGAGAGAGGAUCCAUUUCAGAGCAAGCGAUGUUUGAAGGAGGUCACCAAAGAUGAUACUAACUUGUAUACAAAGCAUUUUGGAGCAGUAUACUCUUCAACGGCAUGUAGAAAAUCCUGCUUGGCGUACAAUCAGCUCAGAAAGUGUCGAUGUAUGCAAUACCAAUUUCCAGGAAGUUCCAAGUAUGGUAUCUGUAGCGUCAUCGACAAAUCAACACUCAAAUGUCUCAGCAACGUCCAGAAGAUGUUUAAAGAGAACAACUUGAAUUGUACUACAUCCUGUCCGCCACCUUGCAGAGAAGAAGGCUACAAAAUUAGUUCUUCGUUUGCUCUUUGGCCAUCGGAGAAGUAUGAGCCAAUCUACGAGAAGGCUCUGCAGAAGGAAUAUAAAAUUUUGUUCACCAAGAGAGGAUCAUCUCACAGAAAAAAUGUUUGCAAGUUACAAGUCUUCUACGAAGAACUCAACUUGGAAGUGAUAAUGGAACGGCGGUCGUAUGAGAUUGAAGAUUUUGUAUCAGACAUUGGCGGUCAGUUGGAUCUGUGGAUUGGUUUCUCCGUGCUGACUGCAGCUGAGUUCUUAGAGCUGUUCAUGCUCAUAUUUCACGCAGUCUUCAAGAACUGCGGGGCCAAGAAGACGCAAAAGUCAAACCACAUCCAUCAGGAUAUCGUGGCCUAAACAGACAAAGCUGUGGAAUUCCCCUAGCCUGAUAAUUACCAAUUCAAAACCAAAUUUCAACGGGUGUACAUCUUUGCCACGAUGGUGUGGAACGUUUGAUUACGUGAUGUGAAACAAGACUUCCUUAUCCUUAUUUUAUGGUUUAAAAAGAGAAAAACUCUUGUUAUUGGUUACGACAAGGUGUCAGGGGAGAGCAUUCUAUAAUAAUUAAUUCACUUUGUGUUGUGAAACGAUAGCAUCGUUGCUUGACUUUUUUUUCGUUCCGUUUUGUAUUUCUGUGUUGAUUUUCGGAUUUUUUGAACGUAUCCAAUGCAACAGUUUCACUCAUAUAUUUAACUUAAAAAUAGAAGAGAGAACGUGUCUUUUUCACACAAAAGAAUAUAGUUUCCGUUACCGAUUAAUCGUCACACGAGGCACUGUGCAAAGCUUUUUCAGUAUGUGAAGGUAUCAGGCUGUAGCUAUUUUCAGUUCCUUUCAGUUCGGUCUUGCCUGUUACAACCCCAUAGUUUCUUAUUGCAUACUGAAGCAUCGAUCAUACUUAUAAUUACAGAACCUUGUCUUCCUCCUUCAAUGCGACUUGAAGGUCUCUCACUGAGUGCUGUGCUACAAAUAUUAAACCAGGAAAUAACAAAAUAUAGGUCGCUUGAUAAUUUUAACUUAGUCACUGAUAUCGCUCAAUUUAAUAACAGGUCAGUUUUGUUAAAAAGUGAUGACUUUCAUUGCUACACAACCCACAUUCUCAUUCAAUUGUUUUGAAUAAAAAACCAUCUUUCAGUUUGAUAUCAA